AGGCUAUGGAUAGAGCAAAGGAGACGAUUAAAAGAUCUUUUAAUGAAAAUGAAGAAAAAUAUGAGAAAAUUUUUACAAUCAUUGACGAAAGAUGGAAUUGUCAACUUCAUCGUCCCUUACAUGCAGCAGGAUAUUAUUUGAACCCUGAAUUCUUUUAUAAGAUUAAAUCUGUUGGAUUUGAUGCAAAAGUUUUGGGUGGGUUAUAUCAGUGUGUUGCAAGAUUAGUUCCCAGCAUUGAGGUUCAAGAUAAGAUUAUUCAUGAAUUAUCUUUAUAUAAAAAUGCUGAAGGUCUUUUUGGAAUUCCAAUUACCGUUCGAUCCAGGACAACUACCUCUCCAGCUGAAUGGUGGAGUCUAUUUGGAAAUUCCACCCCGAACUUACAGAAAUUUGCUGUCAAAGUACUUAGUUUGACAUGUAGUGCUUCGGGUUGUGAGCGAAACUGGAGUGUCUUUGAGCAUAUUCACUCGAAGAGAAGAAAUCGGUUAGAACAUCAACGAUUGCACGAUCUUGUUUACAUAAAGUAUAAUCAAGCUUUGAAGACUCGUCAUGAUUUGAAAAAUAGAUUUGAUUCAAUCUCAUUGCAAGAUAUUGAUGAUUCAAAUGAGUGGUUAGUAGGAGAAAUGGGUGCUAACUUGCAAGAUGCUGAAGACGAGCUUGUAUUUGAAGAUGAUAGAUUGACGUGGGGAGAUGUGGCAAGAGCUUCAGGUGCUGGAGAAUUACAAACAUAUACAAGACAGAUGUCAAAGAGAAAAAUGAGUGCAAAAGCAUCAAGCUCGGCUCCUACUAUUGUUGAAGACAUAGAGAAUGAAACAUAUCUUGAUGAAGAGGAAGGAAUCGAAGAACAAGAGGAAGAAGACGAAUUCAAUGAAGAUGAUUUGUGUGAAAAUAACGAUAAUAUUGAUUAUGAUGAAUGACUUUGAUGUAAAAUGUUAAUGUUUUGAAUUUUGAAACUUUUUGUUAAUGUGACAUUGUGAUUUUGUAUCUUAGAUUUUCUUAAUUUAAUAGCAUAUUUUUAUUUAAAAUUUUAAAUAAUUAUAUUUAUUAAUUAUAUUAUAUAUUUUUAUAUUUUAGCGUCUCGCUUCGCUCGGGCGAGCACCUGGGCGAGCGCCUAGCGCCUCGGGUGUUUUUGGACCUUGGCGCCUUUUGGCGCCUAGCGCUUUUUAAAUCACUGAACA